GACAGCAGGGAGGAGGCGCUGCGAACGCUGUACAGGGGGGAGUUGGGGACAGCGUGCCGAAUUGUGUGUAUGAGCGACACUGUUAGGGCUGGAAGGAUUGCAGCUGGUCUCGGGCGCUCGCAUCGCACCAGGGCAAGUUCUCUCUGUAGCUCCGUUUGCGCUGCAGAAAAUCUAAUGCGCGUCGGAUUAUGUGCAAGUGCCUGUGGAGCCGGCGCUGCCGCCAUAUUGGAGCCGAGUAUCAGUGACUGAGCGCCGGGGACUCGACUGACAGGCGGUGGGAGCGGAGGAGCGUCGAGGGGGGCGCUGCUGCUACUGCCGCCGCUGGUGACGCAGGAAAAACACCCAGAAACAGACACACACAUACACAGAUAGAGCCAAGGAAGUGACACCGUCCCCACGCACACAAUUCGCGGCAGAACCCGCUGUCCGGGCGUGUUGAUGAAGCUGAGCGCGGGCCCGAGGAGCCACACGGGCUGUGGAGCGCCCAGCUAGCCGGCCGAAAGGAGUGAAGCCGUUCUCGUUCUCGGGUUAUGCAAUGGUCUCACCAAGACGUCCCGAUCCUCAGCCGGUGCCCUCUCGCUCAGACACAGGCCGCUGAGGAGUCUGUGAUUCCCUCCACUGCCACAGCCACAUAAGCAGACAAAAUUGCAAAGAUCUGCCCCGUGUCGAGCAUGACGGCCACGACCCGUGGCUCUCCUGUGGGGGGAAACGACAGCCAGGGCCAGGCGCCUGAUGGCCAGUCGCAGCCCCCACUCCCUCAGAACCAGACUUCCUCCCCGAACUCGUCAAACGAGAACUCCCCGGUGAGCCCCCCCGAGGAACACGGCCAGGGCGAUGCUCCUUCCCAGCUGGAAGAUGAGGAGCCCGCCUUCCCCCACACCGAUCUCGCCAAGCUGGAUGACAUGAUCAACCGGCCCCGGUGGGUGGUGCCAGUUCUGCCAAAGGGUGAAUUAGAAGUUCUUCUAGAAGCUGCUAUAGAUCUUUGCAAAAAAGGACUCGAUGUCAAGUGUGAAGCAUGCCAGAGGUUUUUUCGAGAUGGGUUGACUAUCUCCUUUACGAAAAUCCUGACGGACGAGGCAGUGAGUGGCUGGAAGUUUGAGAUUCAUAGGUGCAUCAUCAACAACACUCAUCGCCUGGUGGAGCUAUGUGUGGCCAAGCUCUCUCAGGACUGGUUCCCCCUUCUCGAGCUGCUGGCCAUGGCCCUCAACCCCCACUGCAAGUUCCACAUCUACAACGGCACACGGCCCUCGGAGACUGUGCCUGCAGGUGUGCAGCUGGCCGAAGAUGAGCUCUUCGCUCGCCCUCCCGAUCCCCGCUCGCCCAAGGGUUGGUUGGUGGAUUUAAUAAACAAGUUUGGCACAUUAAACGGGUUUCAGACGCUGCACGACCGCUUUAUGAGUGGCCAGGCACUGAAUGUUCAGAUCAUCGCUGCGCUCAUCAAGCCUUUCGGACAGUGCUAUGAGUUCCUUACAUUACACACAGUGAAGAAGUACUUCCUCCCCAUUAUAGAAAUGGUUCCCCAGUUUCUAGAAAAUCUCACAGACGAGGAAUUGAAAAAAGAAGCCAAGAACGAAGCCAAAAAUGAUGCUCUGUCAAUGAUAAUCAAGUCAUUGAAGAACCUUGCAUCGCGGGUACCAGGGCAAGAGGAAACAGUGAAAAAUUUAGAAAUAUUUAGGUUAAAAAUGAUUCUUAGGUUAUUGCAAAUUUCUUCUUUUAAUGGAAAAAUGAAUGCACUAAAUGAAGUUAACAAAGUGAUAUCGAGCGUUUCAUAUUACACGCAUCGACAUGGCAACCCCGAGGAGGAAGAGUGGUUGACAGCAGAGCGCAUGGCGGAGUGGAUCCAGCAGAACAACAUCCUGUCUAUCGUGCUGAGGGACAGUCUCCACCAACCUCAGUAUGUUGAGAAACUAGAGAAGAUCCUCCGCUUUGUUAUCAAGGAGAAGGCCCUGACACUCCAGGACUUGGAUAACAUCUGGGCAGCCCAGGCUGGCAAGCAUGAAGCUAUUGUGAAGAACAUGCACGACCUUCUUGCGAAGCUUGCUUGGGAUUUUUCACCGGAGCAACUGGAUCAUCUCUUUGAUUGUUUCAAGGCAAGUUGGACAAAUGCAAGCAAGAAGCAGCGGGAAAAGUUGCUGGAGUUAAUCCGACGCCUAGCUGAGGAUGACAAAGAUGGUGUGAUGGCCCAUAAGGUGCUGAAUCUGCUGUGGAACCUAGCUCACAGCGACGACGUCCCUGUGGACAUCAUGGACCAGGCCCUAAGCGCUCACAUCAAGAUCCUAGACUAUAGUUGCUCCCAGGACAGAGACACACAGAAGAUCCAGUGGAUAGACCGCUUCAUCGAAGAGCUGAGAACCAAUGACAAAUGGGUGAUACCCGCACUAAAGCAGAUCAGAGAGAUCUGCAGCUUGUUUGGGGAAGCUCCUCAGAAUCUCAGAAAGAAAAUUCCUAUUAACAUAGAAAAGAACUUAGUGGGUCAGACUCAGCGGAGCCCGCACGUGUUCUAUCGGCAUGACUUGAUCAACCAGUUGCAGCACAACCAUGCGCUGGUCACCUUGGUGGCUGAGAACCUGUCAGCGUACAUGGAGAGCAUGAGGCAGUUUGUCAAAGAGGAGCGUGCAGACUUCGACCCGCAGACAGUGCGGCCCGGCAGUCGCUACAGUCACGUGCAGGAAGUCCAGGAGAGGCUCAACUUCUUGAGGUUCCUCCUGAAGGACGGCCAGCUCUGGCUGUGCGCGCCGCAAGCCAAACAGAUUUGGAAAUGCCUGGCUGAGAACGCAGUCUUCCUUUGUGACCGCGAGGCUUGUUUCAAGUGGUACUCAAAGUUGAUGGGUGAUGAGCCAGACCUGGACCCAGACAUCAACAAGGACUUCUUUGAGAACAAUGUUCUGCAGCUGGACCCCUCACUGCUCACAGAGAAUGGCAUGAAGUGCUUUGAGCGCUUCUUUAAGGCUGUGAACUGCCGGGAGGGCAAGUUGGUGGCGAAACGGAGGGCGUACAUGAUGGACGACCUAGAGCUCAUCGGCCUGGACUACCUCUGGAGGGUUGUGAUUCAAGGGAGUGAUGAGAUCGCCAAUCGAGCAAUCGACUUACUUAAAGAGAUAUAUACAAACCUUGGACCAAAACUGCAAGUCAAUCAGGUGGAGAUCCACGAAGAUUUCAUUCAGUCGUGUUUCGACCGGUUGAAGGCCUCUUACGACACCUUGUGUGUGUUGGACGGGGACAAAGACAGUAUUAACUGCGCCAGGCAGGAGGCAAUUCGGAUGGUCCGCGUGCUCACUGUCCUAAGGGAGUACAUCACCGAGUGCGACAGCGACUACCAUGAGGAGAGGGCUAUUCUCCCCAUGUCCAGAGCUUUUCGGGGCAAGCACAUCACGCUCAUAGUGCGUUUCCCAAACCAAGGCCGGCAAGUGGAUGACCUGGACAUUUGGUCGCACACCAAUGACACGAUAGGAUCUGUGCGGCGCUGUAUCCUCAACCGAAUAAAGGCGAACAGCGCACACACCAAGGUUGAGCUCUUCAUCGGCGGAGAGAUUGUGGAUCCUGCCGAUGACAGGAAGCUGAUUGGCCAGCUCAACCUCAAAGAUAAAACCUUAAUCACAGCCAAGCUCACCCAAGUUAGCUCCAAUAUGCCUUCAAGCCCCGACAGUUCCUCCGACUCCUCCACAGGGUCUCCUGGGAACCAUGGCAACCAUUACAGUGAUGGGCCCAACCCCGAGGUGGAAAGCUGUCUUCCUGGAGUGAUCAUGUCACUGCACCUACGCUACAUCUCCUUUCUGUGGCAAGUAGCAGACCUGGGCUGCAACCUCAACAUGCCUCUCCUGAGGGAUGGCGCACGUGUCCUUAUGAAGCUCAUGCCGCCUGAUAACACUACAGUAGAGAACCUGCGGGCUACAUGCCUGGAUCAUGCCAAACUGGGGGAGAACAGCCUCAGUCCCACUUUGGACUCUCGUUUCUUCGGCCCCUCUCCAUCCCAAGUGCUCUAUCUGACUGAGGUGGUCUACGCCUUGCUCAUGCCAGCCAGCGGGACGCUCGGAGAGGACGCCAGUGACUUCCAGUACAACUUCUUGAAAAGUGGCGGGCUGCCCCUGGUCCUGAGCAUGCUGACUCGGAACAACUUUCUCCCCAAUGCGGACAUGGAAACGAGGCGGGGCGCCUAUCUGAACGCUCUCAAGAUUGCUAAGUUGUUACUGACAGCUGUGGGCUUCGGCCAUGUGAAGGCUGUGGCCGAAGCCUGCCAGCCAGGCGGAGAGGGGACAGCCCCCGUCUCACCGAUAAACCAGGCAACACAUGACCAGGCCAUUGUGCUCCAGAAUGCCCUGCAGAACAUUCCCAACCCUUCGUCUGAGUGCAUGCUCCGCAACGUGGCCAUCCGGCUCGCCCAGCAGAUCUCAGACGAGAAUUUCUUCCAGGCUUCCAAGUACAUCCCAGACAUCUGUGUGAUCAGGGCCAUACAGAAGAUUGUCUGGGCAUCGGGCUGCAGCAUGAUACAGCUGGUCUUCAGCUCUAACGAGGAGAUCAGCAAGAUAUACGAGAAGGCAAACGCGGGGAACGAACCAGAUGCAGAGGACGAGCAGGUGUGCUGUGAGGCCCUGGAGGUGAUGACAUUGUGCUUUGCGCUUCUCCCCACGGCACUUGACACGCUCAGCAAGGAAAAAGCCUGGCAAACCUUUAUCAUCGACUUGCUGCUGCACUGCCAGAGCAAGUCUGUGCGUCAGAUGGCCCAGGAACAGUUCUUCCUCAUGGCCACGAGGUGUUGCAUGGGACACAGGCCGCUGCUCUUCUUCAUCACCCUUCUUUUCACAGUUUUAGGUAGCACUGCAAAGGAGAGGGCUAAACAUGCUGGGGACUACUUCACAUUGUUAAGGCACCUACUCAAUUACGCAUACAGUAGCAACAUCAGCCUCCCCAACGCAGAGGUUCUUCUGAAUAAUGAGAUAGACUGGUUGAAACGAAUCAGGGAUGAGGUAAAACAGACAGGAGAGACUGGGGUUGAGGAGACCAUUCUUGAGGGCCACCUUGGCAUCACAAAGGAGCUGUUGGCUUUCCAGACCCCGGAGAAGAAGUACUACAUUGGCUGUGAAAAGGGUGGUGCCAAUUUGAUUAAGGAGCUGAUUGAUGACUUCCUGUUCCCUGCCUCCAAUGUGUACCUGCAAUACAUGAAGAGUGGCUCGUUCCCAGGCGAGCAGGCCAUUCCUGUGUGCAGCACGCCGGCCACCAUCAAUGCUGGCUUUGAGCUGCUGGUUGCGCUUGCUGUCGGAUGUGUGCGCAACCUCAAGCAGAUCGUCGAUACGCUCACAGACAUGUAUUACUUGGGUUCGGAAGCACUUGCAGAGUGGGAGUACUUGCCCCCUGUUGGCCCCAGGCUCACCAAAGGCUUCGUGGGUCUGAAGAAUGCAGGCGCCACCUGCUACAUGAACUCAGUCAUCCAGCAACUUUACAUGAUCCCUCCCAUCCGCAAUGGUAUCCUGGCCAUCGAGGGCACAGGCACCGAUGUGGAUGACGACAUGUCCGGGGACGAGAAGCAGGAUAACGAGAGCAAUGUGGACCCGCGGGAUGAGGUUUUCAGCUAUCACCACCAGUUUGAAGAGAAACCUUCUCUCAACAAGUCUGAAGACAGAAAGGAGUACAACAUUGGUGUACUGCGCCACCUGCAGGUCAUCUUUGGGCACCUGGCUGCCUCCCGGCUCCAGUACUACGUGCCCAGAGGGUUCUGGAAACAAUUUCGGUUGUGGGGAGAGCCGGUUAAUCUUAGGGAACAGCACGAUGCACUUGAGUUCUUCAAUUCCCUUGUGGACAGCUUGGAUGAGGCCCUGAAAGCUCUCGGUCACCCAGCCAUGCUGAGCAAAAUCCUGGGGGGGUCGUUUGCGGAUCAAAAGAUUUGCCAGGGUUGUCCUCACAGGUACGAGUGCGAGGAGUCCUUCACAACACUGAAUGUCGACAUCAGAAACCACCAGAACCUCCUGGACUCAAUGGAGCAAUAUGUCAAAGGAGACCUACUUGAGGGUGCCAAUGCCUACCACUGUGAAAAGUGCAAUAAGAAGGUUGACACGGUGAAGCGUUUGCUCAUCAAGAAGCUGCCUCCUGUCCUGGCCAUCCAGCUGAAGAGGUUCGACUACGACUGGGAACGGGAGUGUGCCAUCAAGUUCAACGACUACUUUGAGUUCCCCCGGGAACUGGAUAUGGAGCCGUAUACAGUGGCGGGCGUGGCCAAGCUGGAGGGUGACGAUGUCCAUUCUGAGAACCAGGUGAUCCAAAAUGAGCCUUCGGAAAGCGACGCCCCGGGCAGCUCCAAGUACCGACUGGUGGGCGUGCUGGUGCACAGCGGCCAGGCGAGCGGUGGCCACUAUUACUCCUACAUUGUCCAAAGAAAUGGUGGCGACGGUGAGCGGAAUCGCUGGUACAAGUUCGACGAUGGCGAUGUCACUGAGUGCAAGAUGGAUGAUGACGAGGAGAUGAAGACGCAGUGCUUUGGAGGGGAGUACAUGGGCGAGGUCUUUGACCACAUGAUGAAACGGAUGUCCUACCGGCGGCAGAAGAGGUGGUGGAACGCAUACAUCCUGUUCUAUGAGCGCAUGGACUCUCUGGACAAGGACAGCGAGCUGGUGAAGUACAUUUCAGAGCUGGCCAUCAGCACCAAGCCACACCAGAUCAAGAUGCCAGCUGCCAUCGAGUGUAGCGUGCGCAAGCAAAACGUGCAGUUCAUGCAUAACCGUAUGCAGUACAGCCUGGAAUAUUUCCAGUUUAUAAAAAAACUUCUGACCUGUAACAGUGUCUAUUUAAACCCGCCUCCAGGGCAAGAUCAUCUUUUGCCUGAAGCAGAGGAAAUAGCUAUGAUUAGUAUUCAGCUCGCUGCUAGGUUCCUGUUUAGUACAGGAUUUCACACAAAGAAAAUAGUCCGUGGCCCCGCCAGUGACUGGUACGACGCCCUGUGCAUCCUGCUCCGGCACAGUAAAAAUGUGCGCUGCUGGUUUGCACACAACGUGCUCUUCGCCCACACCACUCGCUUCUCCGAGUACCUGCUGGAGUGUCCCAGUGCCGAAGUGCGCGGUGCCUUCGCCAAGCUCAUCGUGUUUAUUGCUCACUUCUCCCUGCAAGAUGGGCCGUGCCCCUUUCCCGCUGCCUCGCCAGGGCCUUCUGCUCAGCAGUCGUGUGACAGUCUCAGCCUGAGUGACCACUUGCUGAGAGCUGUACUGAACUUGCUCAGGAGGGAGGUGUCGGAACACGGACGCCAUCUGCAGCAGUACUUCAACCUCUUUGUCAUGUACGCCAACCUCGGCAUGGCAGAGAAGACCCAGUUGCUGAAGCUGAGUGUACCCGCCACCUUCAUGCUGGUGGCUCUAGACGAGGGUCCUGGACCUCCUAUCAAGUACCAGUAUGCCGAGCUGGGCAAGCUGUACACUGUGGUGUCGCAGCUGGUGCGCUGUUGCGAUGUAUCAUCGCGCAUGCAGUCUUCAAUCAAUGGUAAUCCACCUCUUCCAAACCCGUACGGUGACCCCAGCUUGUCACAGCCCAUCAUGCCGGUGCAGCAGCUCGUGGCGGAGAUCCUGUUUGUGCGUACCAGCUACGUGAAGAAGAUCAUCGAGGACUGCAGCAACUCAGAGGAGACUGUCAAGCUGUUGCGCUUCUGCUGCUGGGAGAAUCCACAGUUUUCCUCCACUGUGCUCAGCGAGUUACUGUGGCAGGUGGCGUACUCCUACACAUACGAGCUCAGGCCUUAUCUAGACCUGCUGCUGCAAAUUCUGCUCAUCGAGGACUCUUGGCAGACCCAUCGGAUCCACAAUGUGUUGAAGGGCAUCCCCGAUGACAGAGACGGCCUAUUUGAUACCAUCCAGCGCUCCAAAAACCACUACCAGAAGCGGGCCUACCAGUGCAUAAAGUGUAUGGUGGCCCUCUUUAGCAACUGUUCGGUGGCCUAUCAGAUCCUCCAGAGCAACGGGGACCUGAAGAGGAAGUGGACCUGGGCGGUGGAGUGGCUGGGAGAUGAGCUGGAGCGGCGGCCGUACACUGGGAACCCGCAGUACACAUACAACAACUGGUCGCCACCUGUUCAGAGCAACGAGACCUCCAAUGGCUACUUCCUGGAGCGCUCGCACAGUGCCAGGAUGACCCUGGCCAAGGCCUGCGAGCUGUGUCCCGAGGAGUGUCACUUAAUGAAGCACGAGGUGGCGUCUGAAGAAGACGCCGCGCAGAUGUCGUCCUCGCCGCAGCCACUUUUGCCAGGGGACGUGGCAGGACAGCAGCCGCCCACUGAACCCGAGGACCAGGAUGCUCCCGAGGAGCACGAUGCCUCCCCUCCGGAGGACAGCACGCUGUACCCCAACCCCCCGGGGACACAGUAUCAGCAGAACAACCACCCGCAGGGGCAGCCAUACACGGGGCCUGCUGCUCAGCACAUGAACAACCCUCCCCGCCCAGCCCAACGAGCACAAGAGAACUGGGAGGGCCCAGAGGACCCGGCGCAGGCCCCCGCCAAGGAGUAGGACUCCCCGCUCACACGCGCCUGCCCUCUCCAUCGAGAUGCUCAAUCAAAGUGCAAGACCAGGCCUUACAGUUCAUUUGUGCCUCCAGGCCCCACCCCCUUGUGUUCACAAGUCAGUUUUUUUUAAAAUUAAUUUUUCUAGGGGUAUUUAACCUGGAGCGGAGUAUCAAUUCACUGUCGGCCCUGCAGAAUUUUGAUCUCUGAAAACGUAACCCGGCUGCAGUGAGUAGUGUAAAGUGGUGUAAGAGAUGGGGCCCGAGGCUUGCGCAGAACCCCGCAGAAGGUGUACAUAGUACGGUGACGGCAGUAAUGAUCCACUUCCUGCAGCAAGGCUGAUCGCUGCUGUAGGGAGACGUUGCAGGUUGACAGAGGGCACAAACAGAUUUGGGGGGACUUGCUUUGUCAUCUGUGCUCAGCAGUGAGGUUUCGUUUGGGUCCUUUGCAUUUUUUUUUUCUUUUUUUUUUUUUAA